AUGAAUAACAUGAGUGCACAACAAAGCCCGGCUAAUAUGCAGGCAGCCGUGGAUCGCGAAAAGAUAUACUCAUGGAUUUUAGAACUAUGUAAUCCAGAAACACGUGAAAAUGCACUUUUGGAACUGAGUAAAAAGCGUGAAGUUGUACCAGAUUUGGCGCCAAUGCUAUGGCACAGCUUCGGAACUAUUGCAGCUUUGUUACAGGAGAUCACUAACAUUUACGUGGCCAUGAUACCACCAACGCUCACGGCCCACCAGAGCAACCGAGUCUGCAAUGCUCUGGCCCUUAUGCAAUGUGUGGCAUCACACCCAGAGACGAGAUCUGCAUUUCUUCAAGCCCAUGUACCUCUGUUCCUGUAUCCUUUCCUCCACACUGUGUCGAAGACGCGUCCAUUUGAAUACCUGCGCCUUACCAGUCUAGGAGUGAUUGGUGCUCUAGUCAAAACUGAUGAACAGGAAGUCAUCACAUUUCUAUUGACCACAGAAAUUAUACCUUUGUGCCUGCGCAUCAUGGAAAACGGAUCUGAGCUGUCCAAAACGGUAGCGACAUUUAUAUUACAGAAAAUUCUACUUGAUGACAGCGGUCUGAGUUAUAUUUGCCAAACAUAUGAUAGAUUUUCUCAUGUCGCUAUGAUACUAGGAAAAAUGGUGUUGUCAUUAGCUAAAGAUCCAUCGGCAAGAUUGUUAAAACAUGUGGUCCGUUGUUAUCUUCGUUUGUCUGACAACCCUAGAGCUAGAGAAGCAUUAAGACAGUGUCUUCCUGAUCAGUUACGAGAUGCUACAUUCACUGCAUGCCUCCAAGAAGACAACUCAACUAAACAUUGGUUGGCUCAACUGAUUAAGAACUUGGAAGCCCAGCCGCCACCUGCAAGUCCCGCGCAACAGAAUAUGUGUUAUGGACCUUGUAUCUAA